AACGUUCAUCGAUUUCGUCUGCCCGGAUGCCCGCUCAUUUAUCACACCCGGUUCCGGCCCCAUUUGAACAAGUUCCUUGAACGCAUAUCUCGGCGCUUCCAGCUGCACAUCUGCACCUUUGGAAACCGCGCUUAUGCCCAUCAACUGGCGAGCAUCUUGGACCCCAAGCGCCAGUACUUUUGUCAGCGAAUUCUCUCACGUGACGAGUGCUUUAACCCCGUAACCAAGUCAGCCAACCUCAAGUGA